UUUAAAGGGUCAGAUGACUUGUCUGCAAAGCUGUGGGAUGUGAGCACAGGGCAGUGUGUUUAUGGCAUCCAGACCCACACAUGUGCAGCAGUGAAGUUCGAUGAGCAGAAGCUUGUGACAGGCUCCUUUGACAACACUGUGGCCUGCUGGGAAUGGAGUUCCGGAGCCAGGACCCAGCACUUCCGAGGGCACACGGGGGCGGUGUUUAGCGUGGACUACAACGAUGAACUGGAUAUCUUGGUGAGUGGCUCUGCAGACUUCACUGUGAAAGUUUGGGCUUUAUCUGCUGGGACAUGCCUCAAUACACUCACCGGGCACACGGAAUGGGUUACUAAGGUGGUUUUACAGAAGUGCAAAGUCAAGUCUCUCUUGCAUAGCCCUGGAGACUAUAUCCUCUUAAGUGCAGACAAAUAUGAGAUCAAGAUUUGGCCAAUUGGGAGAGAAAUCAACUGCAAGUGCUUAAAGACAUUGUCUGUCUCCGAGGAUAGAAGUAUCUGCCUGCAGCCAAGGCUUCAUUUUGAUGGCAAAUACAUUGUCUGUAGCUCAGCACUUGGUCUCUACCAGUGGGACUUUGCCAGUUAUGAUGUUCUCAGGGUCAUCAAGACUCCUGAGGUAGCAAACCUGGCCUUGCUUGGCUUUGGAGACGUCUUUGCCCUGCUGUUUGACAACCGCUACCUGUAUAUCAUGGACUUGCGGACUGAGAGCCUGAUUAGCCGCUGGCCUCUGCCAGAGUACAGGAAGUCAAAGAGAGGCUCCAGCUUCCUGGCAGGCGAAGCGUCCUGGCUGAAUGGACUGGAUGGUCACAAUGACACAGGCUUGGUCUUUGCCACCAGCAUGCCUGACCACAGUAUUCACCUGGUGUUGUGGAAGGAGCAUGGCUGAUGCCACAAGCUGCCACCACUGACUGACUUUGGGUACCGGGACAGUGGGUUUUCAGUGCAACCUCUGUGGCGGCCGACUGCAUGAACCAAAGUUCUCACCCAAUGGUAUCAUCACGCAGUGCACAAUCACUUAUCUAUGUUUGCCAGUGGCCAGGGCUUGGGGCGGGGGUGGGCUUGUUUUAUUGACAUACAACACAGCAUGCUAAUGGGGUACACCAUUGACUUCAUUUGUACUUAGUUAUGUUGCUCAGUAUAAGGAUGAUUUGGGGCUCAUCUUUUUUGAAUGGAAUACUGGUUUUAAGAAAGUUAAAUGAUUCAUUAAGUUGCUAAUUGGUUGCCUAUAAAAUCACAUUGAGUCUGCUAUUAAAGCUUUUUACCAUA